AUGUUUAAGCCUUAUUCUGUAUUACUUUAUCGGAUGCUCAUGUCCAUUGCUCUUAGAGUCGAGAUUGAUGGAAUAAUUGAAUUGUAUGAGUGGCGGCACGGGACUGUGCCCCCCCCCCCUGGAGAGCUCGACUCCUGGCUGUUGUGUGUGGAGCUGAGGAGGGACCUGAACCUGGAACAUCUGCCAGGACGAGAGGGGGGGGCAGGGGCAGCGCUGCUGGGCCUGUGGCUGCUGGGCCUCGUGCUGUACUUGGUGCCCGCGGGGGUGGCGGUUACGCUGGCCUGGCUAGCUGUGGGUGCGACCGCGGUCUGGUGGGGCCUGCGCCGCGAGCCCCGAGGUUCACGCGCCUUCCGAACCUCGCUGGUUCGGAACACGCGCUGCCAUGGAACACUGCUCACCUUGCCUCCGGCGUAGUCAGCAGUAAACGGAAGUCUCCUAGAGCCUCCGCGCCUCUUCCAAGGACUUGGACCCGCUCAUCUGUUCCUCAUGGGCAACUACCUAGGCAAGCCCGCCCCCCCGCAGCCUGCCUCCACCUCGGAGGCCAGGGACCUGCGGGAGAGGCCUGGCCGCCGCCCGCCCACCCGCCCCAUGCCGCCAGCUCCAUCAGGCCAUACCCCGGGGCAUACUCACCCCUCCCUACCCACUCCUCUUCCCCGACCCUCUAGGAGGACGGCCCUCCGGGGUUGUGGCCCUGUAGCACAUCGGUUUGUAAUAACACCUCGAAGGAGAUACCCAAUCCAGCAGGCCCACUGCCUCGCUGGGGUCCUUCCCACGGUGUGCUGGAAUAGUUGUCACAGGAAGACUGUGCUCUCUGCUCGCAAUUCCAAAGUGGUGUGCAGCCCAGUGAGAGUGAGGAUUGCUCCUCCGGAUAGCAAGUGGAUUCGUCCCCCGCUAUCAGAGCAGAGUAGCAGCUCAACCGUGUCCUCCCCAUCAGCUAGUGCCCCAGACCCAUGUGCAAAGGAGACUGUGCUGAGUGCCCUCAGAGCGAGGAAGAAAAGGACGGUGAAGGAGGAAGACCAAAUACUGGCUGAUGGCCAGGAAGAAAAGAGAAGGCGCCAGGACAGCAGUGGACGUGGACAUUCAGCAUUUGAGCCGCUGGCGGCCAGUGGAAUCCCUGCCUCUUUUGUGCCUAAGCCUGGGUCUCUGAAGAGAGCUCUCAGUCCCCAGAGCUCAGAUGCCCACUUAAAUAAGAGGUCACGCACCUCUUCUCUGAGCUCCUUGACCAGCACGUACUCAGGCGGCGUGCCCAUCUCCAGGCGCAAUGCCAUCACCAGUUCUUACAGUUCUACUGGAGGUCUCUCUCAGCUGCGGAAGAGGAGUGGUCCUAGGUCAUCCCCCUUCUCCAGGCCAGCUUCGUCCUGCUCCCAGGCUCUAGCGAGGCCAGCAAAGGAAAUAAGAGAAGAGGAACUUUCUCAUCAUUCGGCUUCUUCAACUGCAUUCACAACAGACAAGGAGUCCCGGGGAGCAGAAGUUGCCGAUACCACCACAAGGGAGAAAGAGAACUCGUGGAGUUCUCCACCAACACCUGGCAGCUCAGGGCAGCGUAAGCGGAAGGUGCAGCUGCUGCGGUCCUGGCGAGGGGAGCAGCUGACCUUGCCUCCACCUCCCCAGCUUGGGUAUUCAGUCACUGCGGAAGACUUAGACUUGGAAAAGAAAGCUUUGUCACAAUGGUUCAGCAAGAUCUUGGAGGAUAAGACUGAUACUGCCUUGAGCGCUGUCCCUGAGAACCCACCUACCAGUCAGCCUCCGGUCUCUUUCAGCCUGCCUACUGCUGGGACUCCUGCCACCGAAACCUCCCUCCCAGCCCCAAGCCCUAGCCCACUGUUGAAGAGCUUGAAGAAGCAGCAGGAUUCCCCAGGCCUACCAUCGCCCCCCAUGUCUGCUGGCAUGGCAAGCCCUGUGGCCCAUUCGCCUCCGAAGACACCCGGCCCUCUGGCCCCUCUUGGCUCUUCACAGUCAGGGCCUCUCGCGGGCACCUCCUCGGACUGCAAACCUACAGCCGUUUUCUGUGGCGGCACCCUUCCCGCUUCUUCCACAGGACCAGUCACUGACACCAAGUCACCUCCAGCCCCUGAGGCUGAGACGUCUGCCCACUCCCAAGCCUUGUCGGCCCCCCCUCCCCCUCCCAAGCAGAACAUUCCUUGUGGAAUGCUGGGCACCUCACCUGCUAAGCCUCCUGCCUCUGCAGCUCCUGCUGUGUCUUCACCAUCUCCCGUGCUCGAUCCCAUUUUUUGGCCCCCUCCUAAAAGCAAGAACGAGGGCCCCUUGCCCUCUAGCCCUUCCAAGGUCCCAGCCACCACAUCUUCCAGCUCAGCCCUCCCCGCAAGUACCCGCAGCCCGUCCCGCACUUUUAAACCUGGCUUUCACACCAGGGAGGCCCCUGCAUCCGUGCCCAUAGUAACUCCCUUCUUCAAGCAGGCAGCUCCUCCAGCCGGUGCUAUGAGCGCCCCUCUCUUCCCUGGCCAGACCCGCGCCACCUCUGCAGUGGCUGCUGCGACCACAGCUGGCACCUCCGUAGACUCUGCUCUGAAGCCCGUGUUCAGCUUCCGUGUGAGCAGCAUGACCAGCACCCUGAGCCGCGUGACUAGCACCACCGCUUGCACCUCCCAGCCCGUCCUCUUUGGGACUCCCUCUGCCUCUGGUGGCAGCUUCACAAACCCAGCUGUGGGUUCCAGCUCCAUAGUCCAGCUUGGUAAGCCUCCCACCAUGCCUCCUUCAAGAGCAGUCACCAGCUUUGGCCAGUCCCUUCCCGGUGCCCCUCAGGCAGUGGCCAGCAGCAGCAGCAGCAGCAGCAGCAGCAGCAGCAGCAGCGCUAGCACUGCUGGCUUUAGUGAUUUGGGCAGCAGCCUUCCAGCCUCUGCCCCAGCCACCACCAGCCAGGCCACGCUGACAUUCAGUAGCACCCCCCGCCCAGCCAUCAGCGUUCCCUUUGGCUCAAGUGCCAAGCCAGGAUCCAACGCCCAGCCCAGGUUUGGGGCCACUGAUGGGCAGCAGCAGUGGGCUGCCAAGCCAUCCCUUGUCCCCAGCUUGUGCAGCUCCUUCACGUUGGGAAACUCUGCAGCCCCCGCCCCGACUGCCACUCCAGCCACAGCCCAGCCAGCCUUUGGCAGCACCACACAGUCCACUCUUGGUGGCCUGAAAGCCACAGCCUGCCUCGGCACCCUUGCCGGCCCCCAGCCAGCCUUUGGCAGCACCACAGCCGUUUUCUCCUUUGGUGCAGCCACCACCUCUGGCUUUGGAGCUACAGCCCAGACCACCGGCAGUGGGGCCAGUCGCUCCAGUAGCACGACACCAUCUCCCUUCACAUUUGGGGGACGGGCAGCCCCACCGUCUGGCAGCAGAGGCUUUGGGCUCAGUGUGGCUUCGCCAGGCACCAGCUCUGCCUCAGGAGCCUUUGGCUCCGGAGCAGGACAGAGUGGGACCGCUGGCAGCACGACUCCUUUUGUGGGAGGCUUGAGUCAGAAGAGCCUGGGUGCACCCAGCCAGAACACAUCCUUUGGCCUCAAUGUGGCCUGCAGUGCAGAGAGCCAACCUGUGUUUGGAGGCGCCUCCACGCCCACCUUUGGUCAGAGCACCCCUGGCCCUGGGGUGGGCACAUCAGGCAGCAGCCUCUCCUUUGGGGCGUCCUCAACACCCAUCCAGGGCUUUGUUAGAAAAGGACCUUCCUUUUCCAUUGGUGCGGGACCCAAGCCCCCAGGGGCUUGGCAACAGCUACAGGCCCGGAGGCAGCACACUAGCAAGAAGUAGCCCCUGGCCCUUACCCCCCCUCCCACUCCCCUUUACCCCUCCUGCCAACAACUGGACCUUGGCACCUGCCAGAAAGAGCCUCUCACCUUCUAGUUCCAUGAAGCUGAGAUCUCUGAACCAGUCCUGCUUCAGCCAUGGGGCGGGGAGGAGGAGUGGCAG